CUCUAUUCCUCCUUUUUGCGUUCUUGGUUUAAUUAUAUUUUGUGUGAGUCUGUUUGUAAACAGCCAUCUUUUUUCAUGGCUGAAUGAUAAUGAUGAUGAUGAAAUUUUAAAAUUCCUUUUCCUACAAAGGAAAUUUUAUUCAUCAUUUUUUUCAUUCAUUGUUGUGACAACCUCAUUAGUCAUAUGUAAGCCCAUGAGGCGAAUUCUUUUUCAGAAUCUAAACGUUUAUGUGAACUAUAGUACUUUUGAUUGUCCUUCAAGUCCAAAGUUGUUUCCAUCUUAUUAUAAAUAUGAAGAACAUGUUCUGGUUUCUUAAAUUUGGAUUCAAUUUCAGCUUUAUGGCUAGAUAUAUCUUCCUUUUAAUCACUUUUCUAUAAGAAUAGCUGUAUCUAUUUCGUUGUUUGAAAAACCAUCAAGUAUAAUUUGGAUAAAGUUUGAGACUGCAUUAUCUCCACUAAUAUCAAGAGAACUCAUUGUGUGAAAUUAACUUAGCCAACUUCGGAUGGGGUAAUAUAGCUCUUCCCGCAAAAAACAACUAGUAUUUUCAGCAGAUUGUUAAAGAACUUAAAAGCGUGCAGCGUUUAUCAAUCAUAUGGGAGACGUGGCGAAAGAUCUUCUUGCUGGGACUCUUGGGGGAGCAGCUCAAUUGAUAUGUGGGCACCCAUUUGAUACAAUUAAGGUCAAGCUCCAAAGCCAACCUGUUCCGCUUCCUGGCCAACGUCCCAAGUAUUCUGGAGCGAUGGAUGCUCUCAGACAAACCUUAGCUUCAGAAGGCCCAAGAGGUUUGUACAAAGGUAUGGGAGCUCCAUUGGCUACAGUUGCUGCACAAAAUGCUGUUCUCUUCACUGUCAGGGGACAACUAGAGUCCUUCUUUAGGCCUUAUCCUGGUGCCUCCCUUGAAGUUAAGCACCAAGUAGUUUGUGGGGCUGGGGCUGGCGUUGCUGUGUCUCUUGUAGCUUGUCCAACUGAGUUGAUCAAAUGCAGACUGCAAGCUCAAAGUGCACUAGCAACAUCCAGUUCAGUUGGUGUGGCAGUGAAGUAUGGUGGUCCGAUGGAUGUAGCCAAGCAUGUUCUCCAAUCGCAUGGAGUGAAGGGUCUUUUCAAGGGUUUGGUUCCAACUUUGGCCAGAGAGGUGCCUGGGAAUGCAGUGGUUUUUGGUGUAUAUGAAAUGCUAAAACAACACUUUGCAGGAGGUCGAGACACUUCUAAUCUAGGAAGAGGGUCUCUGAUGGUGGCUGGUGGUAUAUCUGGAGCUGCCUUCUGGCUAGCUGUGUAUCCAACUGAUGUGGUGAAGAGUGUGAUUCAAGUGGAUGAUUUCAAGAACCCAAAGUUCUCCGGUUCUAUUGAUGCUUUUAGAAAAAUCAUGGCUUUAGAAGGAGUUAAAGGCCUAUACAAAGGUUUUGGACCUGCUAUGGCACGUAGUGUCCCAGCUAAUGCUGCAUGCUUCUUGGUAUACGAAAUCACCAGAUCUAGUUUAGGUUAACUAAACAAUUCUUUUGAACCUUCUUGUUAUAGAUGUAUGAAUCACAUUGGUUAUACCCCGUUUGAUUCGAGUUGGGUAUGACAGAAAAUAAAAUUUUGCUCAUUAACUCUUGCA